UGAUCAACCCGAUAUGGCGAUCACCGCUUGCGAUCGCAGCAUUUCAAGCCCCAGCUAGUGUCUUCUCUUCUCUACAAGUCGAUUCAAGUCUAUUUCUCCAAGUCGCAAAACGAUGUCUCCAUUCACUACGAGCCUGGAAGGGGGUGUUUACCGAAUCUGUAGUGCACUAGGCCCAAACCUUUGGCUGACAAUGGACCCACCCAAUCCAGCAACUGGAAAGUCAGUUGUUAGCGUUAGACCGGACAAUCCAUCCGCUAGAAAUCAACAAUGGAAAUUUUCCCUCUAUCGCGAGUCGAAUAGUUAUUCCUUUUUCAGUCUUGGACAAAGUCUUUACCUCGCUGUAGAUGCAAACUCCUGGAUUCCUCAAGGUCGACCUAAGCCAUUUGCAUUUCGUCUGCGUCCGGGAGGUGACCAGGAACAUUUUCAUAUCCUGAACUUCCCAACGAAUUACUUUGUGGCAUGCGAUGGCUCCAAGGCAACUUAUUCCUACAACGGUAGUGAAGUGGGAACGAAGUGGAAAUUCAAGAGGGUUUUGAGAUCUGCGAGGAUUCCCAAGGCACUACCUCUGGCGGAGGUCCCACCUGUUUCGGAAGGAACUUAUCGAAUCGUGAAUGCCCAUUCGAGGACGUACCUUACCAUGCUCGACACGCCUCAAAGUGGGCAGAAAUACCCCUCUGUCGUGGGGUGUACGUACGGGUCCGAUUUAGCUACCCAACGAUGGAUAGUAACACUCCAUGAUUUGACCCAAACUUACUUCCUCAAAAACGUUGGCACGGAACGCUGGUUGAGCAUUCAGGAGGGCGGAGCGGUUGGGUCCCUUGUCGCGGGUGUGGAUGGGGAGAUAGGCGCUGUGCACUGGGAUUUAAGACAAGGGGAAUCGGAAGGGGAGUUUUAUAUUCAGCACCAGGGGGGGUAUUCGUCCACCGUCGUGCGGUUGGAAGGCGGAAGUGGAAGUGAUAACGCUAUGGUUUGCAGCUUCCCCUCCCUUCCCAUCCAAUCCCGCCUCUCAGCUUAUGGAUUCUUUCACAAUAGGUCAUGCUUCUGGGUCGGAUGGAGGCCGAAAAUUCGAUUUCAUAUGAUACGGUGGGUGCGCUUAACGCUGGACUGGUUGGGUUCUAUCCUAAUGGUGUAUCGACAGUGGUCAUUUGAACCAGCAGAGGAGGAUGUAGAUCCCACGGCUUUGCAAGAUCUUCCCUAUGGUGGAUCACUGAAAACGGGAAGGUACAAGAUCCGAAACGUCGAAACGAGGGCCCUUUUGACUCAAGAUGAAACGUUUCCUCCAUCCCCUUCCAAGCCUCAUUGUUCAAGCCCUUUGUUGAAUUGUUCAAAGGACCUUUCAGGUGAGAGGGCUAAGUCCCAGCAGGUAAGUUUGGAGUGGAUCUGGAUGACCGUAUUCUUCGGAGCGCAUGUCUUAUAUAUUGUACGCCUCAGGUUCAGAUCAGGUGGUAUCGAUCUCUGGUGA